AGUGGUGCGUCCCCGAAGAGUAACGUGAGGUUACCUGUGUCCACCGUUUCGAGAGUAAUGAUGCGGGUGUGCUGGUUGGUGAGACAGGAUAACCGGCACCAGCGAAUCAGACUUCCACAUUUGGAGACAGUUGUGGUUGGGCGUGGCCCAGAGACCAAGAUCAUGGACAAGAAAUGUUCUCGACAGCAAGUACAGUUGAAAGCAGAGUGUAACAAAGGAUAUGUCAAGGUAAAGCAGGUAGGGGUUAAUCCCACCAGCAUUGACUCAGUCAUAAUUGGGAAGGACCAAGAGGUGAAGCUGCAACCUGGCCAGGUUCUCCACAUGGUGAAUGAACUUUAUCCAUAUAUUGUAGAGUUUGAGGAAGAGGCAGAGAGCUCUGGCCUGGAAACACACAGGAAGAGAAAGAGGUCAGGCAACAAUGAUUCUAUAGAAAGGGGUGCUGCCCAGGAAGCUGAGUCCCAUACAGGACUGGAACCUGGAAGUGACUCUGGCCAAUGCUCUAUGCCCUCAAAGAAGGGGAAAGAUGCAUCUACCAAAAAGGAAUCAUUGGGCCACUGGAGUCAAGGCUUGAAAAUUUCUAUGCAGGAUCCCAAAAUGCAGGUUUACAGAGAUGAGCAGGUGGUGGUGAUUAAGGAUAAAUACCCCAAGGCUCGUCACCACUGGCUGGUCUUACCAUGGGCUUCCAUUUCCAGUCUGAAGGCUGUGACCAGGGAACACGUUGAGCUCCUCAAACACAUGCACAGUGUGGGGGAAAAGAUGAUUGCAGACUUUGCUGGGUCCAGCAAACUCCGCUUCCGAUUGGGUUACCACGCCAUUCCCAGCAUGAGUCAUGUACACCUUCAUGUGAUCAGCCAGGAUUUUGAUUCUCCGUGCCUUAAAAACAAAAAACAUUGGAAUUCUUUUAAUACAGAAUACUUCCUAGAAUCACAAGCUGUGAUAGAGAUGGUACAGACCGCUGGCAGAGUGAGUGUCCGAGAUGGGAUGGCUGAGCUCUUGAAGCUGCCCCUCCGUUGUCAUGAGUGCCAGCAGCUGCUGCCUUCCAUUCCUCAGCUGAAAGAGCAUCUCAGGAGGCACUGGCCAAAGUGAUGUGGAGCCUGAACUUUUGCAGCAGGUGUGGCUGAUUGUUUAGAGCAAAUUUCUGGCACCUGUUCUGGAUUCAUUGUGAACUUUUAUUUCUUGAAUUAAAACAUGCAGCUUCCCCCCCACCCCCCAAACAAAUCUUCUUCUGUUCCCAAGUGGCUACAAAAUGGACUGACUUGAAAUGGUUCAGGAAUUAGGAAUUUGGGGUUGUUGUGGAUGUGUUCUCUGGUGAUGGUGGCUGGGACAGGCCUGACCCCCCAGUCUCCUGGAUCCAUGUCAGGUCUGACUAAUGGGGAGCAAAGCCAUAUUUACACUGACCUAAUGCAAGAAAUGGAAGCAGAGAACAGGCUAUAUAUUUCUGUUCCAUACAUUUAAUCCUUCCACCUCAAAGGUUUGUGGUACCCUUCAUUAGGGCAGCUACAGAGGUCUGGUAUUUAUCCUGAAGGUACUAAUUGGUCUUGUUUUCUGAUCUUAAUCUGUUCCAUAAUAUUCUUUCUCUUUCUUUUCUUCAUGGAAUAACUUAGUUUCUUCUGUCCCUUUCAUUUUCUAUCCAGAAUCACCCAUGCUUCCUUCUAAGGAAAUAUGUCUCACCAGUUCUUAUUCACUGUGAGCAAACAGGCUUGGCAAAGGGGUGGAGAGAUGGUUUUUUUCCCUAACAUUAGAGGUUCCUGGCUGAUGAAGAAAUACUCAGCCACAUGUUCAUCAGGGUUCAACUGUCAAGCCUUCUUGCUGGCCUGCCUGGAUCUUUUUGUCUGAAAAUAAAGUUAUUUGUUUGGGACAGCUAUCUUAGGUAGCUGAAAAUUGUUGGGAGUGCAGGUAAUAGUCACAAAUUCAGUUCUGAUGCAUGUAGAAAUCAUCGUUGACUGAAAAGUUGGACAGAACCCCAUACCUUCAUUUUUCAUUCAGAACAAAUUUGGUUUUAACUGGUGGAGCAAAUCAGUUUUUGGAUAAUGUCAGAACUAAAGGUAAAAGGAAAUCUAAGAUGUUACUUUUCAUUACAUUGGUGAUCUAUUUGAGGAUGUGACUCUUUUUGCUUUUGAGUUUGUUAAAAAAAUAAAA